GGCGCGAAUUCAGCCAAUUAUUAGGUACGAAGAAAGGACUCACACAGACAACGGGUUUAUAUAAAAUCAUCAGCCGCAAUGUGACUCCAGCUCAAACUUAACUGGAAUGCUUACAUUAGUGUGACAUUAGAACCGCGCGACAGACGACUUGUUGAGUUCUGCUUUGCUAGGAUAGUGAAAUAACAGGGUUGUUUUGGGAUCUGUGUCUUGCUACGAUUCCCAGCGUUAUCAAAAUAAAUUAGACUCGCAUAUUGUCAGUGCAAAUUAAAUCAAAGAUGGCUAGUGUUACUGAAGCUGGUGGAAUCAAACUAGGCAAACUGCUGAUCGAGGGCAAAACCAAACAGGUCUACGAUGUUCCGUCGCAACCUGGUCACUCGAUUCUGCUAAACAAGGAUCGUAUUACGGCACACAAUGGCGUCCGAGCGCACGAUUUGGAGGGCAAAGCGAAAAUCUCCAAUCAAACCAACGCAAAAGUGUUCACACUGCUUAACCAGGCCGGUCUAAAGACGGCCUUCGUCCGGAUGGUGUCCGAUAAUGCCUUCCUGGCACGAAAGUGCGAAAUGGUGCCGAUCGAAUGGGUUACCCGUCGGUUGGCCACCGGAUCCUACCUAAAGCGCAAUCCCGGUGUGAAGGAGGGUUACCGAUUUUCCCCGCCCAAGCAGGAAACAUUCUACAAGGACGAUGCCAACGAUGACCCCCAGUGGAGCGAGGAACAGAUUGUGUCCACCGGAUUUAAAGUGAACGGUGUGCUGAUUGGUCAAGAUGAGGUGGACAUCAUGCGUCAAACAACGAUCCUUGUGUUCGAGGUUUUGGAGCGAGCGUGGGCCUCUCGGAACUGUGCCCUGAUCGACAUGAAGAUCGAGUUCGGCGUGGAUGCCGACGGGCAGUUGCUGGUAGCGGAUGUGAUCGAUUCCGACUCGUGGCGUUUGUGGCCGUCGGGUGACAAACGGUUGAUGGUCGACAAACAGGUGUACCGCAAUCUGGCUUCGGUCACCGCUUCCGAUCUGGAUACCGUCAAGCGUAACUUUCUGUGGGUUAGCGAACAGUUGGACAAUAUUUUACCUACGAACGAUCACCUGGUGGUGGUACUGAUGGGAAGCCCUUCGGAUAAGGAUCACUGCGAGAAGAUCGCCAAGCAUUGCCGCGAGUUUGGACUGAACGUCGAACUGAGGGUGACUUCGGCCCACAAAGGCACCAAAACGACCCUUCAAAUUGUCAGCGAGUACGAGAGUGUUCUGCACAAUCUGGUCUUCAUAACCGUGGCCGGACGUUCCAACGGUCUCGGUCCGGUUCUGUCCGGUAAUACCAACUAUCCGGUCAUAAACUGUCCGCCGGUGAAACCGGAAAACGUCAGCCAGGACGUGUGGUCCAGUUUGAAUCUGCCAUCGGGACUGGGUUGCGCCACCGUGCUUUACCCGGAAGCGGCCGCACUGAAUGCGGCACAAAUUUUGGGAUUGGGAAAUUUCCUCAUUUGGUCCAAGCUGCGCGUAAAACAACUGAAUAAUUUCACUAGCUUGAUCUAUGCCGACAAGGGAUUCCGUGGAGUGAGGAAAACAGAAUGAGAGUGUACUAUAAGAUAAAACUUGUUGUUAUACUUUUAAGAUUAGAAUGUUUUGUAUAAGAUCAUGCACAAUUAAAAAUCAAAUAUACUUUUAAA